CUUCUUCUUCCUCUUCUUCUUCGACAAAAGCAAAGAGGAAAAAAGGGAGAGAGAAAAAAUAAAUAAAAAUCCCAAAUAAUUCGAAAAAAAUGGCGUCGUGGAAUUUGCUCUACUUGGAGAUCACGUACCAAGUUCUCGGAUGGAUCGCGUUCUUCUCCUGGUCCGUUAGCUUCUACCCUCAAGUCAUCCUCAAUUACAAGCGGAAAAGCGUGGUGGGGUUGAACUUCGAUUUCCUGGUGCUCAACAUGACGAAGCACUCGUCGUACCUCAUAUACAACGCGGCGAUGUUCUUUAGCCCCGAGAUUCAGAGGCAGUAUCAUGAGAAGUAUGGAGCUGGGGAGAUGAUACCCGUAGCGGCAAAUGAUGUUGCUUUCUCAAUUCACGCUGUUGCAUUGACAGCUUUUACACUAUUCCAAGUCGUUAUAUACGAACGUGGAAAUCAGAAAGUCUCAAAAACUUGCGGGGUAAUUACCGCUAUUGCUUUGGUCUCUGCCGUGGUUUGUGUGAUUCUUGCCUGGCCACACCAUUCCUGGCUUUGGCUUAUCUCCUUCUUCAACACAAUACAAGUUAUAAUGACAGCAAUCAAGUACAUUCCACAGGCCUUCAUGAACUUUAGGCGCAAGAGCACUGUUGGUUGGAGCAUUGGUAACAUUUUGCUUGAUCUGGUGGGAGGGUUGCUGAAUUUUGGUCAAAUGGGUGUGCAAUCUAUAGAUCAGCAUACCCUAGUAAAUUUCUACGGAAAUAUUGGGAAAACGCUACUUUCAUUGGAAGUAGUAUUCUUCGAUGUACUCUUCAUAAUCCAGCACUACGUCCUCUACCCAGUGAAGGAGGACGAAAGUAGCCCGACCAUAGUGUCUGAACCUAUUAUAGCCCCCUUCAUCAAACCUACCGAUAAGCCACAAUCUCCAGACGUAUGAUCGAGGUUGCAUCCUGCUUCCCGCGCGCAAUGUUGUAAAAAUUAUUCCCAUUGCUUAUACUCCUUAAAGAGGUUGGAUUGGGUUGUAAUUCGUAAAAACUGUAACCGUGGAUUCUUGUUGGUCAGUCAAAGUAUAUUACAUUCAUGUGAUUUCAUGUGAUUUCAUGUGAUUACUAAAUUGACAAGGAUAGGAAUUAAAAUGUGAGAAUUUUCACUGAAUGGUUCUCCCUUUUGAGGUAA